GGGGAAGGUGAACUUCCGGUCUCGGUUUCUAUGGCGGCGCCCUCGUCCGGAGCUCGGCUUCUCUGGCUCGUUGUCUCAGCUGCUCUGGAGGAUUCAAGACAGGGUUAGUAAAGUACCUCUGAUCCAACCAUGACCAGGUGGGCUAGAGUUACUACUUCAAAUAGUAAGAGGCCCUUGUCAGCGACAUCAUGGGAGGACAUGAAGAAGGGCCCUGCAGAGAGAGCAAGCCAAAACCUGCCAGAUCAUAAGCAAUGUCAAAGCAGUGGGCUGUCCCUUAGAAACGAUGCCCCUCAAGCAAGACGGAAAAAGAACAAAAAGAAAAAAGAAUACUUGAACGAAGACGUGAAUGGAUUCAUGGAGUACCUGAAACAGAGCUCACAGGUGCUUCACAAUGGACAGCUGAUAGCCGCCGCCGACAGCCGGGAAGUAAGGGAAGAAAUUGCAGUGGCCUUAAAGAAGGACAGUCGACGGGAAGGAAGGCGGUUAAAGCGACAGGCGGCAAAGAAGAAUGCAAUGGUAUGUUUCCACUGUCGACAACCUGGCCAUGGGGUUGCUGACUGCCCAGCUGUUCUAGAGAGUCAGGACAUGGGCACCGGCAUUUGCUAUCGCUGCGGGUCCACGGAGCACGAGAUGACAAAGUGCAGAGCUAACGUGGACCCCGCGCUUGGUGAAUUUCCUUUUGCAAAAUGUUUUGUCUGCGGAGAAAUGGGACACCUGUCCAGAUCCUGUCCUGAUAAUACCAAAGGAGUCUAUGCUGAUGGUGGUGGCUGUAAACUCUGUGGCUCCGUGGAACAUUUUAAGAAAGAUUGCCCUGAAAAUCAGAACUCAGAUCGGAUCAUCACAGUUGGUCGCUGGGCAAAGGGAAUGAGUGCAGACCACGAAGAUGUACUGGAUGUGCCCAAAGAGCAGAGACCUAAAGCCAAGGUGCCCAAAGUUGUUAAUUUUUGAUAAGAAUUGGUACAGUUGUUACCACCUCAAGGUUAUUCUCCAAAGUAGGCUAUUAGAGAUUAAAGCUGGGCACCUGUGGAGGCAAACACAUUAUUUUAUAUUUUAUUAUUAUAUUACCUGUAUUACAGACACCACUCUGACCUUGAUGGGGCCAGAGUACUGAGAUUACAGGCAAGGUGCCUAAGAGCAUAUUUUCACAGAUGGAACUUAGAAAUAUCUAAGUGCCUCUAUACCUGAUUGUAGCAGUCAUCAAUAUAAAUGUAAAUUAUGAAUCAAAAUUGACCCCUAAACAAAGCACAUGCCUUUCUGCUUGUGUAUAAAUAAAUAAAUAUUUUUGUUAUAUGCUCUUAAUUCAGAGUAUCAAUUUAUUGUAAUAGAAAUUUAUUUAUAUGUUGUCACAUAUAAAUCUGUAAUUUUUAGUACUGAAUAAAAUUAUAUGAGUUGUU